AUGUGGGUUAAACCGUUAAGAGAGGCAUCUCAAGGAAAAAAGGAGGAAGAAAUCCAUAUUAAAACGUCUUCAAGCUCCUCAGCUCGUUCUCUAGCUCCUCUGCUCGUCCUCAAGCUUAUCCGCUCGCUCUCAAGCUCCUCAGCUCGUCUUCAAGCUUCUCAGCUCGUUCUCAAGCUCCUCUGCUCGUCCUCUAGCUCCUCUGCUUGUCCUCAAGCACUUCAGCUCGCCCUCAAGCUCCUCUGCUGGUCCUCAAGCUCCUCAACUGGUCCUCAAGCUCCUCAGCUCGUCUUUAAGCUCUCCAGCUCGUCUUUAAGUUCAGCUCGUCUUCAAGCUCCACCACUCAACGACCAUCUCCUCGCCUAG